AUGGACCCGCCUCCGUCGAAGAGGCGCGGCCGUUCGACGGGGACGGCGGCGGCGCCGGCAGCGACGACGACGAUCACCAACGUGGACGCGGACGUGUUGGUCCGCUGCGCGGGUUACUUGACGCCGCGGGAGGUGUCGAGCAUGGCGAUGUCCUGCAAGUUCUUCAAGCGCGUCGCUUAUUCCGAUGCCGUCUGGCACCGCCUUUAUAGGUCAGUCAGUGCGAACGAGUGGCCUUGGCUAGUGCCUGCCGGCUUUACAACAGGGUUUAGGAGAGCAUAUUGGGAUAGACUUUCUGCAGUGCAGCAGUUCAAAUUUGUUGAUCCCUUGGUUAUUCACUUCCGUCCAAGGGCUCCAUACAAUGGCUUCUUAUUGGAUAAGAGCCGCGUGGUUCUUGCUCAGGGUUCAACCUUACAAAUUCUGAAGUUCGAUAGCUCUGCUGGUCAACGGAAGUACGCUGGUGAACGAUACAAGCACAAAGCAGAAGUUACUUGUAUGAGACUUUUUCCCCUUAGUGAAAUUUCUUCAUCCGGAGGUGAGACAGAGAGUGAGGAAAGUGCGCUGGUGACAUCAAGCUGUGAUCGUUCCAUUCGGCUAUGGUGGGAGGGUGAAUGCCAACGGUGUUUUAAAGGUCACAUUGGCCCAGUUUGGACCCUGUCAGAUAAAUUAAUAGGUGAAGGCAAGGAUAGAGUAUUGGCAAGUGGAGGUGAGGAUGGUGUGGUUCGACUUUGGUCCCUUUCAAGUAGGAAACGUGGAGAACAGGCGUUAAAAUCCACGUUUUAUGGGCAUGAGAAGCCAGUCAAGUUUAUUUCAGUUGCUGGGCACUGUACUUCUCUUUUGGUGUCUAUUUCAGGAGAUACUGAGAUAAGGGUUUGGGAUGCAAAUGCAUCAUCUGCUGUUCGUUCAUCAUGCUGCAUUGGAACGGCUUCUGUUUCUGGUGCACCUGUAAACGUGAAGUGCAAUGAAUCACUGCUCUAUGUGGCUGCUGGUUCCCAUGUUGCCAUUAUAGACUUAAGGACAACGCAAAGAGUUAGCACUGCAGCAACUUCCCAAAGAAGCUUGUAUUCCUUUGGAAUUAUUCCUUCGAAGUCAUUAAUCUGUACGGGUGAGACUGGCAGGGCGAUGCUUUGGGAUGUCAGAAAGAACCAGGGCCAAAGUAAAUCGGCGCCAAUAGCUGAGCUGGAUGGGCAUUUAGGUCCUGUGACGCAUUUGCACAUGGAUUCAUACAAAAUAGUUACAGGGGGCCCAGAAGAUGAAUAUGUUAAUGUUUGGGAAGCUGACACUGGUAAUCGAGUGAACUCGUUAAUUUGUGGCUGGGAAGGAGUGAGUUCCACCUCUGGAUGUUCGGCCAUUGCUGUGGAUGGUUGCCGAAUCGUUACUGCUGCUUGUGGCCCUGAAAUUGGAGUUGUGCGCUUGAGGGACUUCACAUUUGCAGACCACCCGAUUUCACAAUACUUGGAUGAGUACACAUCAUAAUUUUGGCAACCAAAUUCCUAUUCGGACGAUAAUGCCUGAAGUGGUGAUGUCGUUAUCAUGUAUAUAGAUACCUAUAUGUGGAAUGCUCCCAUGGGAAUGGAAAAUAUAGUGAACUGUCAUGCAUCUUUUCCUGCAUUCUUGCGUAUUCAGCUGCACGUACUUUUGCUUC